CGUUUCGAGAGGUUUCGUAUUUUGCAAGGAAAAAAAAGACUUGGGUUUCACUUUUCUGGUUGUUUGUAGUUGUCUGCUGAUGAGCAAUCGACAAAGAUUGAAAGUACAAUUUAUGAAUCGGCGAAACAAAAAAAAAAAAUGUUUUGAACAGUAUCAAGAGAAAAGGAAUGUAACAGAAACAAGCGCAGUUGAUAGAGUUCAUUUUUUUUUUUUCGCUCAGCCAAAGACGUUAAGAAUUUGGAUUAAUCCUCCUUUGGGCAUUUUUAUCCCCUUAUUUACCACUCACAUCCCGAUGAGCUACUUUUUUCUUUGCCCUCUUUAAUACUUUUACCUCUAAAAGUUAUCGGAUAUAUACAAAUAUAUGAUUUUGUACUUCUGGUUUUGGUCACUUAUCAUUGCAAAUCUUUAUAUAAAGAGUGUCGUGCAAGCUUCGAUACUCGUCAUUGGAAGUAAUGAAACUUAUGCCGAUCGUGCAGCAGCGUUUGGACCCCGCUUAUCCGAAAAUGGCAAGGUAGGAUACCUUGUAGAGCCUUCCUCUGACCGUACAGGCUGUAAUCUAGUGUACCCGCCUAUCUCUACAGAUUGGAUUGCGUUGGUAAGAAGAGGGGGAUGCUCGUUCGUAACGAAGGUUAGGAAGAUGCAAGAGUCUGGCGCUAUUGCCGUUGUCGUGGGCGAUCCCGAAAACCGUUCGGGUUGGGUGACAAUGUAUACACCAGAUAAUACCUCUGAUAUCAAAAUUCCUAGUCUUUUCAUCACUAAGAAGGAAUAUACCACGCUGCAUUAUUUGUCAAAGAUGGCGGAAGACAUGCCUUUGAUGGUUAUAUUACAAGCAGAUGGAUUCAUGACAUGGCCAUUGCUUGAUUUGCUACUCAUCAUAUUCGUAUCACCCAGCAUAGUGAUGAUGUUUGUAUUAUAUUCUUGGCUCGUAAAACAAAAGAAAAUGCGAAGACAAGAGAUAGCUUCGUCAGAAGAUAUUGCAAACUUGGAUAAAAGAUGCUUUCGUCGCGAAAAAAAGUCAUCAGCUGAAAAUGUAACCGGCUACGAUGAUGAAGAAGAGUGCUCAAUAUGUUUAGAAAGUUACCGAGAAAAUGACAUGCUUAGAGUGCUGCCAUGUAAGCACGCUUUUCACCUAUCGUGUGUAGAUACCUGGCUCACUACGCAAAAGAGAUUUUGUCCUAUAUGUAAACGUGAUAUUGCUUUAAAAUCCACCAUAGCAGCAGAAAUAACGCCUUUAUUAUCAGCGAGAUAGUUGCGUUACUGCCGUACCUCUGUUCUUACUGUUCCAAUCUUUUUA